AUGGGCUUCUUCUCUCGCAAGCCCAAGGCUCCCAAAGGCAACUCCUCCAUCCCCGCGUCCCUAUCCACCGGCAGCUUCACCUCGGGCACCGCUGGAAACCGCACGCCUGCCGGUAGUCUCACGCCAGCAACUCCCCCCCUAUCGCCCAUGAUGCCCGUCAAGCUUCCCAAGGUCGACCUGCCUCGACCUCCCGACCCGCAGCUGGACCCGGCCGGCUACCUCCGAAGCAUCGGUGCGGUGAGGGAGAGGAGCAAGCUUGUCAUGGGCAAGGCCCUCGAGAACAAGCUGAACCACUUCGAUGUGGAUUGGAAUAAGUUCCCCGACGUCGUCACCUUUGUCUCGGGCCUGAUCAAGCGAGACUACGAAGCCCCCUUCCAGUCGAUCCCUGGCCACGGCCGAUACCAGCACUUUUCCGUCGGCGGCCGCGAUCGAGUCGCCCAACUCUUGUCGGAUUGGCCCGAGGACCUUGACAGCACCGAGAGAUGCCGUCGUCUAGUCGAUCUUUUCCUCGUCAGCGUCCUCCUCGAUGCCGGAGCCGGCACCCAGUGGAGCUACAAGAGCGUCGAGGAUGGCCGCACGUACCGUAGGUCCGAAGGCCUAGCAGUCGCUAGCCUGGAAAUGUUCCAGACGGGUUUAUUCUCGAGCAAUCCGGCCAACAAAUGCCAGGUUGACAAGGCCGGCCUGCAGUCCUUGACGGUGGAGAAGCUAGAGGCCGGCCUGCAAUCCCGGACCGGAAACGAACUCGCCGGUCUCCAGGGAAGGACCGAGUUGCUGAUCAGACUAGGAAGCGCCCUGGAUGAGAAGAAGGAUUACUUCGGUGCCGGCGGACGUCCUGGCAACAUGAUAGAUCAUUUGCUGUCCCACCCUUCCACCCAGGCGUCCUCCAUGCUCAUCGUUCCAUUGCCCGUCUUGUGGAACCUUCUCAUGGAUGGCCUCGCCAGCAUCUGGCCGCCUUCACGAACCACCCUCAACGGAGUCUCCCUCGGCGACGCUUGGCCAUGCAAGGCCAUGCCGAGCUCCGCAAGCGCCCCUUGGGAGUCCAUCCUGCCGUUUCACAAGCUUACCCAGUGGCUCACUUACUCUCUCAUGCAGCCGAUGCAGUCGUUGCUCAACAUGCACUUCGCCGGCACCGAGCUGCUCACUGGUCUGCCCGAGUAUCGCAACGGCGGUCUCUUCGUCGACAUGGGCGUCCUGACCGUGAAGCAAGGGGACCUCGAGCGUGGCCUGCAAAACUACUCGGAUUACUGCAAGCGAACGGGCGGCAAGGCGGUCGAGGUGGCGCCCAUGUUCAAGCCUGGAGAUGACCUUGUCGUCGAGUGGAGGGGCGUCACCGUCGGCAUGCUGGACAGGCUUUGCGAGGAAGUCAACAAAGUUCUCAAGGUGGAGCUCGCCGGCAACGAAUUGACGCUGCCGCAGCUCCUCGAGGCAGGCAGCUGGAAGGGUGGCCGCGAAAUUGCCGAGAUCCAUCGACCCAUCACAAAGGAGCCGCCUAUUCUGAUCGAAAGCGAUGGAACCGUUUUUUAG